GACUUGAGAGACAGGGAGGGUCCGGACCGCGACAAUUCCUCAUUUCAAACACUCGUUGACUGACCCAUUCGGAUUACUAAAUUCAUCCCACACUGUUUUUGAAGCGAAUGUUGUUAGAUUCUUAGUGGGCUCGACGGGAUGAAAUGAAAUCUGCAGACAUCUGGACACGUGUGUUCGAGGCUAACUGCGUGACUAGCAGCUCCCGCUAGCGUGCGCUGUCGUGGCUGCUCAAUAGAUUGAAAAGCCCGAUGUUACACUUAUGCGUAGAGAGUCUGUCAGGCAUUACUGUUGGGUUUGACUCCGUGGAUAGAACUACAAUAUUUGAUCGAUUCGUGGUUAAAAUCAACAUGUGUUGUGUGAGGCGUAUGCCAUAGUCGACAGCAGAGGGUGUAUUACUUCACAUUGAACUAUAACGUUAAAUGAAUCUGACUCGGUAGUGUUUAUUCUGUUGUAGUACACUACAUGAAAUGUGUCCUGUGGUCAUAUAAAUCGUCUAGGUCCCAUUAGUCUAAUUAGACUAAAAUGUAUAAAUAUAUCAAGGAUUUGACCAGAAGCAUUAACGUUAGAACGAAGUAUUCUACCAAUAGAUCUGAAUGCAAGGAACUGAAAAUGAAGAAGCAUGUGCUGAUAGUCCUACGACCGCAGUGAUAAAUCCUGAACAGUAUAUCAAGCAUCCUUUGCAAAACAGAUGGGCUCUAUGGUAUUUCAAAAAUGACAAGAGCAAAAGUUGGACAGAAAAUCUGCGUCUCAUUUCCAAGUUUGAUACAGUGGAAGAUUUCUGGGCAUUAUAUAAUCACAUACAAAAGCCCAGUAAACUCGGAUUUGGCUGUGACUACUGCUUGUUUAAGGAUGGUAUCAAACCCAUGUGGGAGGAUGAUAGGAAUAAACUUGGUGGACGGUGGUUAAUGACUCUCAGUAAACAGCAACGACACAAUGAUCUAGACUGCUACUGGAUGGAAACACUGUUGUGUUUAAUCGGAGAGUCCUUUGAUGAGGCCAGUGAAGAUGUGUGUGGAGCUGUGGUCAACGUCAGACCAAAGGGAGAUAAAAUAUCCAUCUGGACGGGCAACUGCCAAAACAAGGAAGCGAUCACCACGAUAGGACAACAAUACAAAGAGCGUUUGAAUAUCCCAGGCAAAACCCUCAUUGGAUACCAGUCACAUGACGACACCUCUAGCAAAAGUGGUUCUACAACAAAGAAUAUGUACUCAGUUUGAAGAAAACUCAUUUCAGCUCAUUGUAGGUUUAUAAAAUUACAAAUUUGCAUCACAUUAAUACUUUUGAGUUGUCAACUACUGUAGUGUCCUUCCUUUUUAAGAAAAGAAAAAGAUUAAAUAUGUAAAUGUCGUGCUCUCCAGACGAUCAUAUGAUCAGCACCGGUACGGUGUAGAUCAGAGGACGUCUGAUUGUUUGACCCAAGAGAGAGCACCGCAUCGGCAAACGCUAUUCAAGUUGAGCUAGAUGUUACUGAUAUAAUUUUAGAAUCGGAGAGUUUAAAGGACUAAUCGAAACUUGCCUAGCUAAAGAUGUUCUGAGGCUUAGAUAAAAGAAAUACCAUUCUUUGAUUCUUUCGCUCAUGCGUCACGCCAUGAAAAGUGUUUCUCACCGUCAGAUGAACGAAAAAAAAACCUGACUACACUAACACAGAAAUUUUAAGGGUCCAAACUGUUUUAACAUGCUUUGGUUGGAGGUGUUUGGCAUGAGAAGUAAUUGCAGAGGCGCCUGCAGACUGACUAUCUUAAAGGUUUGUAAAGGAAUAACUUUGAUCGCGCUCCAAGUUUGGAAUUUGGAGGAGUAGUCAUUUAUUUUUUCAGCUAUGCUGAAAUUGUGGAGUCUUGCUUGUAGAUCUAUCUUGAACGGCUGUGUUUUUCCCUCCCCCUUCAUCUAUUUAUGAUAUUUGCAUUGCAGUUGAACUUCAUAGAGAAGUUCAAGCUUCCUUUGUUUUCUUUCAGUUUUUGUUCAGGUUCUUAGCAAUGUGGACUACUGCUCUCUUUUUAUUUUAUUUUACAGUGUAUUCAAUAAUUGGCUGAACACACAUGCAUUUUAGUUUUGCUGUCACCUUUCCCCUCAUAUGAAAACUGUAGACAUUUUCUAGUUUGCCACAGUCUUUGGAUCAAUGAAAGAAGAGAGGAUACUCAUUUUGAAUUUAUUUUGCUCAUAAUGUAUCUUUAUUAUCUGUAAUCCCAGGAUGUAUAUUACCUUCUUUCAAAGUAAAGGUUAUGUGCUUUGCAUUAA